AUGUCAAGCCCAGAGGCUCACGAAAGCGUCAAUACCACUACAGGAGACCAAGUAGACUUGGAAAAGGCAAACGCCGGCGAAGUAUCUCACGAUGGUAAUGCAAUCAAACCCGAUCAAGGCAAACCAGACGCCGCCAAGCUGCAGCAGUCGAACCUACAGACCAUCCUCAUCCUUGCCGCCGCCUUCCUAGGCAUGUUCCUGGUCGCUGUGGACCGGACAAUCAUCUCGACAGCCAUCCCUCGGAUUACAGACGACUUCCACUCCCUCUCUGACGUGAGCUGGUACGGAAGUGUGUACUUGUUGACCUGCUGUGCAUUCCAGUUGCUGUUUGGAAAGUUCUACACCUUUUACCCUGUGAGGUGGGUUCUCCUUGGCACUCUCUUGAUCUUCGAGGUUGGUUCUGCCAUCUGUGGAGCUGCUCCCAACUCGAUAGCUUUUAUUCUCGGGAGAGCAGUCUGCGGAGUCGGCGCCGCUGGCAUCUUCGCAGGAACCAUCGUAUGCGUGGUUCAUGCUGUUCCUCUGCAAAAGCGUCCAAAGGUACAGGGCCUCAUGGGUGCCAUCAUGGGCUUUGCCACCGUUAUCGGUCCUUUGAUUGGUGGUGGCUUCACGUCCAAUGUGUCGUGGAGAUGGUGCUUUUAUAUCAACCUGCCCUUCGGCGGCGUGGCGAUGGCCGCCAUCUUCUUCUUUCUCAAACUCCCAGACCAAGAGACCUACAAACUCCCCUGGGCGCAGAAGCUAUCGCAACUCGAUGCCCCUGGCACUGCAGUUCUAGUACCGGGCAUCGUCUGUCUGCUGCUCGCACUUCAGUGGGGUCGCCAGAUAUACGCUUGGAACAAUGGGCGUGUCAUCGUAUUGUUGACUGUUGCCGGGGUGUUAAUUGUUGCUUUCAUCUUUGUGCAGGCCUUGCUUCCCAAGACCGCAACGCUCCCUCCGAGAAUUCUGAAGCAGCGGAGCGUCGCCGCAAGUCUCUGGUCAACCAUCUGCAUCGGGUCUUCGCAGUACAUCUUUAUCUACUACCUCCCAUUCUGGUUUCAAUCCAUCAAGGGUGUCGUGGCGGUACAAUCCGGCAUCCGGCUCCUUCCAACUAUGAUAGCCUUCGUCCUCGCUUCGAUUUCGGGAGGAUUCCUCAACCAGAAGAUCGGUUGGUACACACCCCUGGGGAUUUUCGGAGCCAGUCUGAUGGCCGUCGGCGCCGGGCUCCUCACGAUAUUGCAGGUCGAUACCGCGGCAGGGAAAUGGAUCGGCUAUCAGGUCCUGUACGGAUUCGGCAUGGGGUUGUGUUUCCAGACCCCGAACCUCGCCACGCAGACCAGUCUACCCAAGCGUGAUGUUCCCAUGGGCAUGGCGCUCAUGUUCUUCGGGCAGCUCCUCGGUGCGGCCGUCUUCGUCUCGGCGGGGCAGAACGUGCUGGAUAAUCAGCUCUUGCAGCGGCUGGCGGGCAUUCCUGGCUUUGACCGCAGUUUGGUCACAGCGGGUGGUGCUACGACCCUGGUUGGCGCGGUGCGGGCGGAGUACCUGGGACAAGUCCUCACGGCUUAUAAUGAGUCGCUGCGGAAGGUGUUUCAGAUCGGCUUGAUCUUGUCUUGCCUCGCCGUGCUGGGUGUAUCUUCGAUGGAGUGGAAGAACAUUCUCAAGAAACCGGAAGCACCCCCAGCUGCGAAUGACGGAGCUGCGAAUGCCCCUGCUGAGAAGACCGAGGCGACUGAGAAGAAGUAG